AUGGAAAUUUGCGCAGAAUCUGAAACAAGCGCUGAAAAAUGCAGCAUCUCGGUUGACGUUCAAGAGACAAAGUGUGUAAAGAGGCGACGCAGAUCUCCUCCCGUGGUAGCACUUAGCAACAGCAACCAGCAGAUAGAACAACGGCAGCCACAGGUUUUUAGGGUUGAUCAAACUACUGCAACUACGACGAAAAGAAGUUCAAGAUUCCGCGGAGUUAGCAGGCAUCGUUGGACCGGCCGCUAUGAAGCUCAUCUGUGGGAUAAAGGGUCAUGGAAUGCUACUCAGAAAAAGAAGGGAAAACAAGGAGCUUAUGAUGAAGAAGAAGCUGCAGCAAGAGCAUACGAUUUGGCUGCAAUCAAGUAUUGGGGAACAGCAACCUACACAAAUUUCCCGAUAUCUGAUUACGACAAAGAGAGAGACAUAAUGCAAAAUGUUACCAGGGAGGAAUACUUGACCUCUUUACGAAGAAGAAGCAGUGGUUUUGCAAGAGGUGUAUCCAAGUAUAGAGGCGUUGCGAGGCAUCAUCACAAUGGGAGGUGGGAAGCAAGAAUAGGCCGCGUAUUUGGCAACAAAUAUCUCUACCUGGGUACUUAUAGUACUCAAGAAGAAGCUGCACGUGCAUAUGAUAUUGCAGCAAUAGAAUACAGAGGGAUUAAUGCAGUUACUAACUUUGAUUUGAGCACUUAUAUCAGAUGGCUAAGACCUGAUGCAAAUUCAGUAGUGUUUAAGGGUUUGAUAUCAGAAGAUGAGGCUUUACAAUCCAACUAUAACUAUAUAAAUAAUGCAAACAAGGAACCAAAAUUCUCGAACCCGAGUUCUUUCUGCAUAAACAACCCAGCUAUAUCCGAAAAACACGAGAUUAUUGAAAGAAAAAUGCCCCUAAGCCCUUGUAAUAAGACAUCUUCUCCAACUGCACUAGGCCUCCUUCUUAGAUCUUCCAUGUUUAAAGACCUCGUGGAAAAGACUACUUGUGCUGCCAAUGAAGAAACCGAGAAAGAUGGGGCGAAGAUCGAACUUCAAACGGGUGGAGAAGAAGAUAAUUUCGCGUUCUACAAUGGAAAUAAUCAUGUUACAAACUAUGAUUGUGCUUCGAAUAUGGAAAAGUUGCCAAGAUUGGAUCCCUCGGAGAAUGAUGAUUUGUCUUUGUAUAGUGGAAGAGGACAGCCCUUCUUGGACUUAAUGCCUUGA